AGGCUUCAAUUUUCCAUCAUUACAACUCCGCGCUGGGUUUUAGGAGGGAUCGCAUCCUCUGCUCGUUCUCUGUGUGUACACACACAGGUUACACCGCACGGGGAUAAAGCAGGCGCAAUCGAAUGGUGACCGGGGUACGUCAGGAGGAAUAACCCCCCCACACACACACCCCCACCUCCCCGACACGCAGCAGCAGCAGCACCAACAGCACCUCAGUACGUGCGUGCCGAUUGGAGACGAGAGACGCACGACGGACGGAUUUUUUUGAGAUAAACGUUUCCAUUCGCGUUGGUGUUUCCUAACGGUUUCUAAAAGGAGAUGCGGGAAUAUGUAGGCAGACGCCUUCAGGGACCCACUCUCGGCUUUGGGCUCGAAUUGUUGUCUGUCCUCCGAAGCGAAUGUCAUCUCUCCUUCCAGCCCCACUGCAUAUAAUCGACUAGGCAGAGGACUAUGAAGAUAUCCACCGCUCGCGAGUCAAAGGAUCCGCAUCGAUUAUCAAGAUAAAGCGGGACGACACGUUAGUGACAGAAUUCCAUGGAAAUACAGCUCACCGGCGGAUUAUAUCCCAUUCUGUUUCUUCUACUUCUUUUGUUUUGAAAUAACCCAACGAUGCGGGAGGAAAGAAUGCAGUGAUCGCAAAGGAGAGAGAGGGACGUGUGUGUUUUUUGUUAUUUUUUUAUUUAUUUGAUUGUUUUUUUGAUUGUUUUUUUUUUCCUACAGAAUGUCUCCUUUCUGCCUUCCUUGUGUUUCUGUCUGCCAUAGCGCGCCUGUGAUUUGAAACGGGGCUUCUUGAAUCGCUGCCCUCGUUUCUGUGAGAAUCCUGGCAUAUUUGCCUCCUGUUCACGUUCACCCACCGAUAUUUUGUCUGUCAACAGAUCUUCGCCGUUGUCACUGGAGCCUGCAGGAUUCCUAAUCGUUUUGGGGUCGGCUGAAGGGAUGCUAUUUUCUGUGGCCAUCUCUGCGGAAUGGAAUAUUCGGCACGUCUGGUGCCCCCGUCCUACGCUGGCCAAGCCACGGUGCGGGCACGCUCUUUGAAUUCUUCCUGAAAGCGUCUCCAUCCAUCGACUCCUCCUGCUCCCGUUUGCUAAUUGCCUUCUGCAUGUCCUCUUUCUUCAGCAACACGCACCGCUGUGCCCCGGCACCUUGGGAGAGCCGCGAGUAAAAGAGGAUGCUCCGGCUGCUAAAUCUAAAAUAAGAAGCGCCAUAAACAUCACCUUAUUGACUGCGGACGAAAAUAUCGGUGUAAAAGAGCGACGUCCAGGGAAGGGGAAGGCACCAGGCAGCGUGUGUGCAUUUUGCACUACUUUUCAAAUUGAUGACACAUUUUUUUGGCCAUCGCACGCCUCUUAUUUUUAUUCUCAUUUUUGAGCAAUUGUUGCCUGGUGAGCGCGUUUCUCUUGCUGUUUUUCCACGCGCAUUCACACCGUGAGAGGAGCGACGGCUGGCUCAACGUCUGGAAGAGCUCCAUUUCCAAUGCGUUUUUAAUGUUUAUGAAUCUGCUCGAAGGGGCGAAAAACGGAGAAAACAGUGGGGGGAAAAGGAAAAAAAAAAUCUCACACGCACACACAGGAGAGAGCGAAAGAAGGAAGAAUGAAUGAGAAGCAGUGAGACAGGAGCACGGAGGAGGGAGAUCGGAGUCAACAAGGCUCCAGAUAUCCUGUUAACUGUAGACGGAGGAGUCUGGUGGAUCGACUCGACUUUGCCAUGGUGAGGACGCCGAGACCCGACCGCACCCACAGGAUGGCCCUGGCACUCUGGAUACUGUGGAGUUUUGUGAUUGCGCUGAGCAACAUCGCCCCCUCUGCCCAAGGUCUCAGCCGCUCAGCCCUGCCGUUUGGACUCAUCAGACGAGAGCUGGCCUGCGAGGGCUACCCAAUCGAGCUGCGCUGCCCUGGCAGUGACGUCAUCAUGAUUGAAAAUGCCAACUAUGGCCGGACAGACGACAAAAUCUGCGAUGCUGACCCGUUCCAGAUGGAGAACGUGCAGUGCUACCUGCCUGAUGCUUUUAAGAUCAUGUCACAGAGAUGCAACAACCGGACUCAGUGUGUGGUGGUCGCCGGCUCAGAUGUCUUCCCUGACCCGUGUCCUGGCACCUACAAGUAUUUGGAAAUUCAGUAUGAAUGCGUCCCCUAUAUUUGGGGACUCCAGUGGGGCACCAGAGCAUUAGUUUUCGUGUGUCCCGGGACGUUGCUGAAAGUGCAGGAGCCCAGUUCAAUGAAUGAAGAAGAGCAACGGGCCGGGGCUUGGUGCAAGGACCCGCUCCAAGCCGGAGACCGCCUCUACAUCAUGCCUUGGACGCCGUACCGUACGGACACCCUGACGGAGUACUCCUCCUGGGAUGACUACGUCACCGGCCGUCCCACCACCACAUACCGGCUGCCGAACAGGGUGGAUGGCACCGGGUUCGUGGUUUACGAUGGGGCAGUGUUCUACAACAAAGAGCGAACUCGCAAUAUCGUCAAGUACGACCUGCGGACACGCAUCAAAAGCGGUGAAGCCAUUAUCGCCAACGCCAACUACCACGAUACGUCCCCGUACCGCUGGGGUGGCAAGUCAGAUAUUGAUUUAGCAGUGGAUGAGAAUGGAUUGUGGGUCAUUUAUGCCACUGAAGCAAACAACGGGCGUCUUGUUGUAAGUCAAGUCAACCCCUAUACCCUUCGCUUUGAAGGGACCUGGGAAACUGACUAUGACAAGCGUUUAGCCUCGAAUGCCUUUAUGGCAUGUGGGGUGCUCUAUGUGGUCCGCUCUGUUUAUGUCGAUGAUGACAGCGAGGCUGCCGGCGACUUCAUAACGUACGCCUACAACACAAACCUCAACAGGGAAGAGCCGGUCAAUAUCGUCUUCCCCAACCCUUACCAGUACAUCUCCUCAGUAGACUACAACCCGAGGGACAACCAACUGUAUGUGUGGAACAACAAGUUUGUGUUACGCUACCCCUUGGAGUUCGGACCGCCUGACCCCACAACAGGACCUCUCACCACCACGCAGCUGACCACCACUACGUCUGUCAAGCCUGUCCCCCCAACGUCCACCAGUACAGUGAGCUCAACCACCACUAAGCCUUUACCUCUGCCAUCCCAUCCUAUUGGGGCCAUCAACCAGAUGGUGCCAGAACCACGACCAGUCACGGCUGCCGUUCCGUUUACCCACCGUCCCCUGCCGGUAAACCCACACGCUCCCGAUCAGCAGCUCUGCGAAGGUCGCAUCACUCGAGGUGUCCAGUGGCCGUCCACCCAACAGGGGGUGCUGGUGGAGAGGCCCUGCCCGAAGGGGUCCCGAGGUAUUGCAGCCUUUCAGUGUCUUUCCUCCCCUGUCAUGUGGAAUCCUGGGGGUCCUGACCUUAGCAACUGCACCUCACCGUGGGUCAAUCAGGUGGCCCAAAAGAUAAAGAGCGGAGAGAACGCCGCAAACAUCGCCGGAGAGCUGGUCAACCACACGAAGGAGAGGAUCCACGCCGGCGAUGUCAGCUCUUCGGUUCGUCUGAUGGAGCAGCUCCUGGACAUCCUGGACUCUCAACUUCAAGCCCUGAGACCCGGCAACAAGGAGUCAGCAACUCGGAACUAUAAUAAGUUCCAGAAGAGGGAACGCACUUGUCGGCUGUAUAUUCAGGCGGUUGUGCAGACGGUAGACAAUCUCCUCCGCCCUGACGCCCUCGAGUCUUGGGAGGACAUGAACGCCACGGAGCAAGCUCACACUGCCACCAUGCUGCUGGACGUAAUGGAGGAAGGCGCCUUCCUGCUGGCUGACAACCUGCGUGAGCCCAAGUUCGUUGCCAACGGCACCAAUAUCGUUCUGGAAGUGUGGGUUCUGAACACGGAGACCGACCUGCAAGACCUCACCUUCCCGCAGUCCUUCCCCAGCGAAAGCACAAUUCAGCUGUCGGCCAACACCAUCAAGCAGAACAGCCGCAACGGUGUCGUCAAAGUGGUGUUCCUGCUCUACAAGAACCUGGGCGGCUUCUUAUCCACUGAAAAUGCCACUGUCAAGAUGGACCUGGACAAUGGAAACCCUACCAAAGGCCUGGUGGUCAACUCACAGAUCAUCUCAGCCUCCAUCAACAAGGAGUCCAGCCGUGUCUUCCUGACGGAUCCCGUCCUGUUCACACUGCAGCACUUGAAGCUGGAGAACCACUUCAGUCCCAACUGCUCGUUCUGGAACUACUCUGAGAGGUCUAUGAUGGGGCAGUGGUCCACACAAGGAUGCCGGAUGGUUGAGAGCAACAAGACCCACACCACCUGCGCCUGUAGCCAUCUCACCAACUUUGCUGUGCUCAUGGCCCAUCGGGAUCCCGUGUAUCCUGGCCGAAUGCACCCACUUAUCCUCUUUGUCAUCACUUGGGUGGGCAUCGUCAUCUCCCUAGUCUGCUUAGCGAUCUGCAUCUCCACUUUCUGCUUUCUCCGAGGACUGCAGACGGAUCGAAACACCAUCCACAAGAACCUCUGCAUCAACCUCUUCAUCGCUGAGCUACUCUUCCUCAUCGGCAUUGACAAAACCGAUUACAGUAUUGCCUGCCCAAUCUUCGCUGGUCUCCUGCACUUUUUCUUCCUGGCCGCCUUUUCAUGGAUGUGCCUGGAGGGUGUUCACCUGUACCUGAUGUUGGUGGAGGUUUUUGAAAGCGAGUAUUCCCGUAAGAAGUACUACUACUUGUGUGGCUACUGCUUCCCAGCAUUGGUCGUCGGCGUCUCUGCUGCCAUCGACUAUCGGAGCUACGGCACCAAGAAGGCGUGCUGGCUUCGAGUGGACAACUACUUCAUCUGGAGCUUCAUUGGGCCCGUCUCCUUCAUCAUCAUGCUGAACCUCAUGUUCCUGAUGAUCACCCUGCACAAGAUGAUCCGCAAUACAUCUGCCCUGAAGCCCGACUCCAGCCGAUUGGACAACAUCAAAUCCUGGGCGUUGGGCGCCAUUGCUCUGCUCUUCCUACUGGGCCUCACCUGGGCAUUUGGGCUUCUCUUCAUCAACGAGAACACGGUCAUCAUGGCCUACCUCUUCACCACCUUCAACGCCUUCCAGGGCAUGUUCAUCUUCAUCUUCCACUGCGCCCUGCAAAAGAAGGUACACAAGGAGUACAGCAAGUGUCUACGCCACUCGUACUGCUGCAGCCGCACGUCCGCCGCCAACUCUCACGGCUCCCUCAAGACGUCCUCUAUGAGGGCCAACAAUCGUUACUACACUGGGACUCAGAGUCGCAUCAGAAGGAUGUGGAAUGACACGGUGCGGAAACAGACAGAGUCGUCCUUCAUGGCCGGAGAUAUCAACAGCACUCCAUCGCUCAACAGAGCUACAAUGGGAAAUCAUUUGCUUACCAACCCCGUCCUACAGACCCGAUCUGGAACAAGUCCGUAUAACACACUGCUGGCCGAGUCAGUGGGCUACACCCCGCCAUCUCCCAACGUCUUCAACUCCACCGAAAACACCCUGUCGAACAGUCGGGACUCCUGCGGCAUGGAAACUCUACCUCUGAACGGCAACUUCAACAACAGCUACUCCCUGAGGAGCACCAGUGGGGCCGGCGGCGGGGGCUGCGAUUUCCUCAGUGGCGGAGACAGCCCCGGGGGUCCGCCGCCUCUCCCUCGCCCGGGUCGCAACGUCAGCGACACGGCGGCCUUCGAGAAGAUGAUCAUCUCCGAGCUGGUGCACAACAACCUUCGCGGCUCCGGCGGCGAGAGGGCGGGCAGCCUGGUGAAAGGGCACAGCGGCAGCAGCGGCAUCGGCACCAGCGCCACCGGGGAGGCCGGCCCCGGCACCGGAAGCAGCGAGGGCGACGCCAUCGUGCGGACGCCCCACGAUCAGGAGAACAUCGACAUCGAGCUGAUGUACAAAGCCCUGGAGGAACCCUUGCUGCUCCAGCGGGCGCAGUCCAUACUGUACCAGAGCGACCCCGAGGAGUCGGAGAGCUACACCGCCGAGCUGACGGAAGGCAUGGACGGCCAGCUGCAGUCGCCCAACAGAGACUCCCUGUACACGAGUAUGACCAACUUGCGGGAUUCGCCGUACCCGGACAGCAGCCCCGAGGCGGUGGAGGUGGUCCCGCGCUCCACACAGCCCACCGAGGAGCUCUACUACAGCAGCGUGCGCCCCACCCUGGUGCCUCGGGGGCAGCUCCAAGCCUUCUACCAGUCGCAGACCCGCAGGCCCAGCGGCGAGGGCUACUUAGUCCAAGUGGGCAUGGAGGGUGACAUGGGGGACGGGGAUGGGCAGAUGCAACUUGUGACCAGCCUCUGAUGGGAGGGGCAGGAAAGGAGUGAGGACAGGAGUGGACAUAAGCGACGAGCCUGCGCCCCACCCAUGACACCCCCCCAAUCCCCUCCCCCUCCCCCUCUCGUUGGACUUGUGAACGGCUCAUUUCAUCAGCGGAGGGUCGUCUCGCUUCAGGCGGACGUGUCGGUGGGACGAGCCUCCAGGAGGACGCUGGCGACGGGGAAAAGAAAACAAAAAACAAAACCAAGUGAAGCUACCUCCGGCUUUCGUGUCCCGUUUCAUCUGCCAUCCGUGACCUCUGGAGCCCGCUUCGGCUCGCUCGACAAAGACACGCGCGCACAAAACAAAGACGGCAAAGAAGAAGAAGAAGAAGAAGCACAUAUACUUCCAUUGUCUGCCUUUCUCCGUCUGGGGGCAAAAAAACGAAAAUGGAGCGGCGGGAAUGGGCAGGGGAUCCAAUGGGGCUGCCACUCGGACUGAGACGGGAGUCGUCCCUUUUUAUAGAGGAACAGAAACAAAACAAAUCUAUAUAUAUUGAAAUGAAAUCAAUCAAAACUCACAGGAAGGAACCCACGGAAUGCGCUGGCACACUCGGAGGCCAACGUGGCGCCGUUUUCCGGUGAUGAAGACGGGGCAAAAGCUUGAAAUGUUGCCAAAAAACAAAACAAAACAAAAACUUUUUUUUUUCCUCAAACUACUGUGCCGUGUCGCCGUCUCCUGCUCUUGUCUUCACACCGGAAUCCCCUCGCGGCGGCCCAUCGAGCUACGGCCCGGGAGACGCCGCUGCUGGCUUGGGGGACGAGGGGCUCCCGUCUCGCAUCCUGCAGGUCACGGCCGAACGACAUUGAGGAGGAGGAGGAGGAGGAUGGAGACGUGUGUGUGUGUGUGUGUGUGUGCCCCUCCGAGACUGGCACCCCUCCCGGAGCUCUCGAGAGGAUCGACUGGAGCCGUCCAGUCUGCGCCGGAUCGUUGGAGUUGCCUUAAAAAUCUUUUGCGGCGCCCCCUUCAGGGACACAGCGGACAGACGCAGCGGGAGCUGAUCUGACGGAAGGGCCGGGGUGGGACGGUGGGCUUGUGCGUGUGUGUGUGCGUGCGUGCGUGCGUGUGAGACACUCUCCAGAAGAAUUUCCAACAAGGCAUCAAAUGAUCCGUGACGACGUACUGUAACCAUACGGGACUUGAAUAUGACAAUGACAACUAGCAUUAUUGUUCAAACUAUGACUAUUAUUUAAAUCCAAUCUGUAUAUAAGAAACAAAGCAGACAUUUCUGUAUCGACCGCACAAGUGUAAAGUGUGUGAGGUGAAACGACGCCCCCCUCAGGCGGGCAGGGAGGGACGCUGAUGUUGCUUACAAAAAUUCAAAAACAACAUUUCUGGCACAA